GUUAGAACACAACCCUUCUCCUCUCAUUUAGAGCUCAGACGUCGACAAGAACGCACUUGUUUCGCUAUAUAAGCUAAAGACCAAGAAUACUUAGAAUUAACAACACUGAAUUUCACAAAUUAUUUUAUUUUUUCCAACCGAAAGUUAAAAAUCCAAAGAAACAAAAAAUGCCACGAUUGUCAGCACGUAAGUCCGUUGGUAAAGCCAUGGUGAACAUGCGCGAAAACAGCGAAGACGAAGAAAUGGAGGAGCCAGAAGAAUUCGCUGAUUCUGGCGAAGAUUGGCAACCGGAAAAGCAAAAAGAUUCAGAAUUUUCGUCUGGUAAAGGAAAGCGCAAGUCCGCACCAGUGACACCAAAACGCGCACCUAAAAAAUCACGGAAAAACGUCCAGUCGGAAGAAGAAGAAGAGGAAGUAGACGAUGAAGACGAAUUUUCUGAUGAAGAUGGCAAGAAAGUUAGAGGUACUCCGGGCAAAAAUCAGCCGGAUAAAGAUGGAAAUUUUGAGCUCAACCUUUUCAAAAAUGACUUGACGGAUGACUUUCGUAACGACGACAAGAUGUGUAUGUGGCGUCGUGAUGGCAGCAGUUUGCUGCAAAAAUACAUGAUGUUGGUGGAAGAGUCCGAAGGACCUGAAAUUAUUUUCAAAGCUUCCUCGGUUUACUCCUGCUGGGAGGAGAAACGUAAAAACGAUUUUGUCCAGGUCCGCGUCACAACGGUCGGUGACAAAAAGGACGGAAAAGUAAAAGUUAUCGACAUCGCCGAGUUCGAAAAAAUGGCGGCGGGCAAUCUCGAAAAGGUCGAUACCACUCCGAAAGGUGCAGAAGGUGGUGAAAACUACGAAGAGGGUUCAGAAUGCGAAGAAGACGAAGAAGACGAAGAAGACGAGGACGACGAAGAAAAUUAUGAAGAAUAAGUUCUCUUUAAGCCAACUUCUCCUUAAGAUCCAAUGUAUUCAAACUGACAUACUUACAAAUACUUGAUUUGAGUAAAAUAAAAAAAACAUUGCAAAUUUGCAGUGCAAAUAAUGUA